CGCCACAAUAUUUGUGCCCCACCAGACCUUUAGGCUCGAGAAAAUCAGCCCAACUUCUUAUAACAACCAGAUCUUAGUACAACACCGUCUUCGCAUCCAGUCCCUUCAUUCAUUUCUUUCACUUCGGGAAUCACACUAUAUCUCGUCACUAUGGCCGACUUGAACUCAUGGGAAGAGGACGAGCAGCUCGCUCAGCAGACUCAGCAAAAUUUAAACGUGGGAAACCCGCAAACAAACGCUUUCAGACCAGGAGCCUCUUCCUUCACGCCAGGAGCCCAGUCUUUUACGCCGGGACAGCAGUUCCAGCAAUAUCCCCAGUAUCAACAAUACAACUACGGCCAGCAGACCGGGGGACAACCAGGUUAUCCGCAAUACCAGCAACAGUAUGGUGGUCAGCAGGGGGUCUAUUCACAAUACAAUCAAGCUUACAAUCAAAAUUAUAACCAAUAUGGACAACAGCAUCAACAACAGCAGUACGGUGGCUACCAACAGCCACAGCAACCAACACGUGUGAUGGCACGGCCACAAGGCAAUGACGCUGCACAAUCACCCGCGAACCCAUCUACCGAAGCACCCAAAGCGAAGGUCCUCUCGAUCGGUGGUGACUCGGCGCCCAAGGCGAAAACACUGUCCAUUGGUGCUGACGGCGGUGCGAAAGUAGAAACUUCAGGAAAGACAAAGGUGCUAAGCAUUGGGACGCCCGCAGUGCCCGCAAAAGAGAAGUCUGAGAAGGUGGAAAAGGCCGAGCAGGCACCGGCGGAAGCAGGGGCUAAAGCUGCUGCAGUUAAGGCUAUCGAGAAGACGGGCGAGCCUACCGGAAACGAACCGACGUCUGGGAGGACGUCGCCAACUCCUUCGUCGGGUCGUGAUAGUCCCACAGGGAAGGAAAAGGCCGCUUUGAAAAAAGAGGCAGAUGCCGUCGCGAAAGAGCAGGAAGCGGACGUCGAUGAAGCGACUCUUGCUGAGAUGUACGGCAAGGAGCAUGUCAACGUUAUCUUCUUGGGACACGUCGAUGCUGGAAAGUCGACACUUGGAGGUAGCAUUCUUUAUGCGACCGGCAUGGUGGAUGAGCGGACCAUGGAUAAGUACAAGCGGGAGGCUAAAGAGGCGGGCAAAGAAACCUGGUAUCUUUCAUGGGCACUGGAUCUGAACAAGGAAGAGCGUGCACAGGGUAAAACUAUCGAAGUAGGACGUGGUUUCUUCGAGACAGAGAAGCGAAAGUACUCGGUCUUGGAUGCACCAGGGCAUAAAACCUAUGUACCAAACAUGAUUGGUGGUGCAUCGCAAGCGGACGUCGGCAUCUUGGUCAUCUCGGCACGUAAAGGCGAGUAUGAGACUGGAUUCGAAAAAGGCGGACAGACCCGCGAACACGCUAUGCUUGCAAAGACACAAGGUGUAAACAAGCUCAUUGUGGCCGUAAACAAGAUGGACGACGUGACUGUGGAGUGGAGUGAGGACCGGUUUAAGGAGUGCACAACAAAGCUUGCACUGUACUUGAAGGGUGUGGGUUACAAUCCCAAGACUGACAUCACAUAUAUGCCAAUAUCAGCUCAGGCCACGAUUGGUAUCAAAGACCGCGUGCCAAAGGAGACUGCGCCCUGGUGGAACGGUCCAUCACUGCUCGAAUACCUCGACAACAUGCAGACACUAGAGCGAAAGGUCAAUGCACCAUUCAUGAUGCCAAUAGCUGCCAAAUACCGUGAUCUCGGGACCAUGAUUGAGGGCAAAAUCGAGUCAGGUGUCAUACAAAAGACGAAGAGUUACCUUAUGAUGCCUAAUCGCGCCACCGUGUCACUUUCAGCGUUAUACGGCGAGACUGAAGAUGAAAUACCACACGCCACAUGUGGUGACCAAGUCCGAAUCCGAAUCCGUGGUGUCGAAGAAGAGGAUAUUCUACCUGGUUUUGUGCUUUGCUCGCCGAAGCGCCCAGUCCAUAAUGUCUCUGCAUUCGAGGCACAGAUUGUACUCCUUGACAUCAAAAGUAUUCUGAGCGCAGGAUUCAACUGCGUGCUACAUGUACACUCAGCAACCGAGGAGAUUACAUUUACGAAACUGUUGCACAAACUUGAGAAGGGCACUGGACGCAAGAGCAAGAAAGCUCCAGGAUUCGCCACCAAGGGUAUGUCCAUCAUCGCUCGGUUGGAUAUUACUGGUGGAGCAGGCUCGGUGUGUGUUGAGAGAUAUGAAGAAUAUCCACAGCUUGGACGAUUCACAUUGCGUGAUCAGGGACAAACAAUCGCCAUCGGCAAGAUCACAAAGCUGAUCACCGAGCCUUGAAUCAUGGAGACUUGGUUAUGAUACACCAUUGCAUGUCUCGAGUAAGGGCUCAUUGAAGCAUAGAGGUUGGAGACCAUGCAUGAAUAUGGAGCAUGUUCAGGAGUACUCGUCAUGCCUUUUUUGGGGUAUGAUCAGGUUAAGAUAGACAAGUUUCAAAAAAUAGUCAAACAUAUUUUGAGCGUCAUCGGCGUUACAUGGGUUGAUAUUGAGCUUGCAAGCAGGAAGCUGAGCAGCGUAUCGUGCCGUGCACAGACAAAGCAGAUAACAGAUAUGAUCUGAAUAUAUUCAAAAAGAUUUCACGC